GAUCGACCGACAGAACGUUCUCCACGAAUGGGAUACCGAGUCCCGCUGGGUUGGACCGCAGUGGGCCCCUCGGAUCCAGCUGGCCGGAAACUUCGACGAUCUCAGCGGUGACCUGAAUGUAACUCUCUGGCUGGACGAGAAGUUGUCCUUCACAGACUUCUUCCCUGAAUGGCCCCUGACAAGGUACUUGGAUAUAUCCAAGGUGCACUUUGAGAUUGUCGUCGCCAACAACCAGGACUCGGCUUCUUUGAAAAAGUCGGGGACCUUCGAGCCCGUUCGGUUGGUUCAUGGCCAGUAUAUGUACGCAGAGUGGGACACCGGCCUGUCUUCCACGGACAUCCUGGAGGAUGACGGUUGGUUAAAUGAUGCGGGCGAGCUCCGAGUGCAAGCUACCGUGACUUUCCCGUCAGCGCGGGAGCCGCAGCGCAAGACCGAUUAUACGCAGAAGAUGGCACAAGUGACAUUCCUGCUGUCGGAAAGUCCCCCACUGUUUUUUGACAAGAGAAUCUUGGUGGCCCAGUCGGAAUAUUUCGCGGAGAUGUUGUCGAACGACAGCUGGAUUGAAGGACGCACUCACGAAGUCGAUCUCCGAAACAAUCCCGAUGCAAACCAACAGACCGUGCAUGCAGUAUUGAAUUUUCUGCAACACGGCGAUUUCCAUGCGCAGGGGGAUGAAGCUUACGCUAUGUCAGUCCGUCGUCUCGCCGAUCAAUAUCGACUCGAGGAGCUAAUCAAGCGAGUCGACGAUGAGUUGACGCAUCUCCUUUCGGAGGGCAACGUCUUGACACUUCUGAGACAGGUGGUCGGCACGGGUGGGGUGUUGGAGAAGCGUUGCAUGGCUAUGUUGCGAGCUGACGACUGGGCUUUGCUGGAGCAGCAGAAGGAGAAGCUCUUCCAACUGUCCAAG